GGUAUGUGUGUGACGCUGCUUUGUCUGUUACUGAAUUCAGCUUUUGUAUACCGUGCCUUUAGACUGUUAUCUGGUUGACCGUCCCAGGCUCAGCGACUUGCGUGUAUCGUGUUGUUUUUCUGGGAAUUUUCCUGUACGUUCACCAGUCCCAAAUUACCAACUUCAUUGUCACUCAGCCUGCAGUGCUGGAGAAUACUGCUUGAUUUAAUACCGUCAUCAACUGCUGUCAAACUGCUCUACACAGACAUUGAAGUUGCUAUGCGUCUUAUCAAUUCGUGAGACCAGAGACCGUCACGUCAUGAUCAUUGUUGAAUCCAACUGCACAAUUUUUGUAUAAAUCUGAGCAUAAGUUUGUAAACUGUCACAAUUAUUAACAGAACUUGCAACUGUAGCGAAGUUUUAGAACGCUUGGCUUGCAGAAAUUUCUUACAUUUAAAGAAGGAAAGCACACUUUGGUACAAUUCUGGACUUACAAACUUAAAGUUGUUAAACUGGUGUCUGGUACAGUUGAGGCAAGACUGAGAACUGUUUCAUCAGUGUUGAAGCAGACUUCACGUCGUGUGCGUUUGACAUCAAACUGUCACAUUGUAUUCAAGUCACUCGAUCUGGUUCUGUUGGUUCGGCUGUCUGAGGUACGGUUGUGACCAUGUUAGUAGUGGCAGUACAUAACGGACCGACUGUCAACGAAGCCAUGCCGGUUGACAUGGGAAGUUCAGGAGAUACUGGUAACAGUGAUGAGAAUAUGCAGGGAGAUUGCAUGGAGGGAGAUCUUCUGGAAGCCACACAUCUGUUCCUGGACCAUUUAAACAGAGUACGGGCAGAGUACAACGUGGCCCCGGUAUCAUGGAAGACCGCCGUACGAUUCCUGAUGGCGAGGAAAUUUGAUGUGAAGAGGGCACUAGAAUUAUUCAAGAACCAUGCGGCACUGAGACAAAGGGAAGGCCUGGGCCACUUAUCACCCACGGAGGAACCUCUGAGCAGAGAGUUGCUCAGUGGAAAGUUCACUAUUUUGAGAGACACAACAGGGGCAGCCAUUGCAUUAUUCUCAGCCAAGCUACAUGCUCCCAAUGCAGUACCAAUGCAGGCUGUCCUACAGGCAGUGGUCUUCCAGCUGGACCAUGCCUUGUCAGACAACGACACCCAGCGGAACGGACUGACCUGCAUCUACAACAUGACCGAGUCGUCGUUUGCCAACUUCGACAUGAACCUGAGCAAGAAGCUACUGGGCAUGCUCCGUGAGGGCUACCCGGCCAGACUGAAGCGGGUGUAUGUCGUGACACCGCCGCUGUGGUUCAAGGCCAUGUACAAGCUCCUUGCGCCAUUGCUGAAAGAAAAAAUUAAAGAACGGGUGACGUUAGUAAGUGCAGAGCGUCUCUGUCGCUACAUCCCAGCGAUGGCACUCCCCCGUGAGCUCGGAGGCAGUGCCGAGAUCAAACACCUCGAUUGGCUCAACUCCUGCCUGAACCACCAGGCGGGCGACAACAACCGCAACUCACAGGAUCUGAGCGACGAGUUUGCCGAUAGCUUGGCUGCCUUGGAGGCAAACCGCAAGGCUGUAGAACUCUUUGGUGGGAUCCCGUCUGCUAGCAAAGUCCCCCUGCCGUACCUGAACCACGUACAGGCCGGUCAGCGAGAGCGGACGUCUAGCAUUGGAUCGGACGCCAGUCAUGGGGUGGCCGUGCCUAGCCAGACAGGCAGCGCGGGCAACUCGGCCCCAUCCAGCCCAACACAGCUCCGUAAUCUCGCCCAGGAGAUCAAUGAUCACAUGGGCAUGCUGGAGAGAAUUAACAACAGCGACAUCCCCGACUGCAAAGCCGUGUUGGGCAGGACUGACCACCAUCCCCACCCCCAGAUUGUCCAGGGGUGCGUGGUGAGUGACGACGACGAAGAGGAAAAGGGUCAACAAGAGACCAGGGAGAAACACGAAACGGAACCAGUACGAGAAGCCAUCGCCAACCACAUCAACCAGACCAAUCACAAUAACGACGAUGAUGAUUUGGACGAUAUGCCCACAGAACCCCCUCCCAAACCGCCCCGCCCACAAGAACAAGUCUGUGACCCUGCCCCCACCAUGCCAGUCAGGCAUGCGCCCAAGGAGGAAUUGUCAGUGCACCAGCCUACUGAUACAGGAAUGGACUUAGAUGGACUGGUAGAUUACAUACUGCAGACUAAACAGAGGGGAAUAUACCAGGAAUAUGCAAUGAUCCGGGCUGAACCACCUGUAGGACAUUUUAAUGUUUCAAAGCACAAGUACAACUUGCCAAAGAACCGAUACGCCGACGUCCUGUGCUACGACCACUCACGGGUCAAGUUAAAAGUGACCAACGGUGACCCGUACUCGGAUUACAUCAACGCAAACACCAUGGAUGGCUACAAGCAGAAGAAUGCAUUCAUAGCUGCCCAAGGUCCGCUUCCAAGAACAUUUGGCGACUUCUGGCGCAUGAUCUGGGAGCAGAGCGUCCUGGUGGUUGUCAUGACGACGCGUACGGUGGAGCGCGGCCGGCUGAAGUGCGGCCAGUACUGGCCCGGGGAGGUGGGGUCGUCUGAGAACUACAGCUUCAUCGCCGUCAAGAAUCUGGAGAUGGAGAGACGGCGAGAUUACACCAUCACUGUCUUCAGCGUGCAGAAUAUGCAGACGGGAGAAACGCGACGAGUAACUCACAUGCAGUUCACCAGCUGGCCAGACUUUGGGACGCCGCGCUCUGCCCAGGCUAUGCUGGAAUUCAGGGAGGAGGUGCGUAGGUACCAGGCCAAGGCUGUGGAGGAGCUAGGGUCUGUGUGGACUAGCCAUCCGCUGGGACCACCCAUACUGGUGCACUGCAGUGCAGGGAUAGGACGGACAGGGACCUUCUGUACCCUAGAUAUCAGCCUGUCCCGCUUGGAAGACGUCCACACCGUCGACAUUUGCAACACGGUGCGUCGCAUGCGAGCCCAGCGGGCAUUCAGCAUCCAGACCCCCGACCAGUAUGAGUUCUGUUACUUUUCCAUCGUGGAGUUCACCCAGCGGGCUGGCAAGCUGGGUCCCGUCAAUUUCUCUGGUUAUGACGACAGCGAGAGCGAAAGCGAUUGAUUUGGAAUUGGUUCUCCAAGUCCAGGAGUCUGUUACUGUAAGGCUUCAGUCUGUUGUUUGGUUUCCCUUCAGUUUCACAAUGUUGUAGCGGAGUCCUUUUUCAAGUCCCUUAAAGGCAUAUAGGAUCAUUGACAUUUAUCCAAAAGUAGCCUUCUGAAUUAUUAUCAAAACAAUUACAUGGAUUAAAGAUCGUACUGGUACUAAACACCCUGUGAAAUUAUUCCGUCUGGCUUGCUGUCGUUUAGAAGAAAUCAGGAGAUGUAGGUGAUUUCCAACAAUGAGUCAAUUGACUGAUCGUUGGAUAUCAAUGAAAUGGUGGUUCGUGAUCAAUUCAAAAGGUUGUGCAUGGUUUUUGCACUGAUUUCUGGAAAAGCGUAAAAUCCACUGAGCUGAAACUUCAGCAGGUUAGGUUUUGAACAUUCUCCUUUGGAUUUUGAGUGGUGUUAUUAUUGGAAAAGAACAAAAUGCAGGAAGAGCAAAUGAUCCUAU